AUGGAUUAUCGACGAGAUGCACAGACUGAGGCAUGGCUGGCUGAGGUUGUGGGCGAAAUCGAAACUUAUGAAGCUGAGUCAAGCUCCGACGAAGAAGUAGAUCAUCUAGAAGAGCAGGACCAUCAAUCGGAAUCCGAGCAAGAGCAGGAGAUUCCAAGCGAGAUGUUGGACGAAAGCUCUGAAGAUGAUGAGCCGUCUCAGCGACGUCGGCGCCCAGAUUUUUACUCCGGAGUGGACAAUACGCUAUGGUCAAAAACAGUUCCUCUGAACAGAGGAAGAACACGAAGACACAAUAUAGUAUUUGUACCUCCUGGGCCUAAGGGAAUAGCUCGAGAAAAAAACAGUAUUGAAAACUGUAUGUCGCUUUUUUUUGAUGAUCAGAUAAUCGGCCUUAUUACUAAAUACACUAAUAAGAAAAUUGACCAUAUCAAGGACAAAUAUGCAAGAGAACGAGAUGUUAGACAAACAAAUGAGAUUGAAAUCAGAGGCUACAUUGGAAUUUUACUAAAGGCUGGAGUAAUUUGGAGAAGAUCUAGUACUGCUCAAAUAUUUGAACACGUAAAACACACAGGAAUCGACGCAAUAUAUUUGACUAUGUGUGAACAAAGGUUUAAAUUUCUGUCAAGGGUUUUACGCUUUAACAAUAUUGAAGAGCGCCAAACUCGUGCAAGCAUUGAUAAGCUAGCGCCUAUUAGAGAUAUUUUUGAAUUGCUGCUUGCAAAUUUUCAAAAGUAUUUUGUUCCAAGUGCGGAAAUGACAUAG